AUGGGGGUCCGACUCCGGGACAUCCAGCGGUCCCUGAGUGUAGUCUUGAUCAGGGCCGACGGCCUGGACCAGGCAAAGCACAAGUGCCCAAGGUCUAUGACGAAGACUCAUGGCUUUGAAGCCCUGCUGCGUCCAAGCUUGUCAGUGCUCAUGCUUUGGGCCCAGGGCCAUGCGCUGGCGUUUGAGAUCAAGGAUGCAGAUGUCUACAAGAAUACAAAUUCCAAUGUGGAGGGAAUUUCUCGGCUUCUCGACAAAGUCUACAACAACUGCAAUCAAGCACUUCCUGUCCACAUCUGCAUCGUACAGGACAACUGCAGUCGGGACUGCAAAAACGGUCUCCUCCUGUCCUGGUGUGUCAAGCUCCAUUUGCUGCAGGCUGUCACCAAAUGCAGUGCCUGCGAGUUCUCCGAUGCUGACAGUUUGGUGGGGAUCUACGAUGGGUUCCUGCAGCAGUCCACUGUGGAUGGGGGAGCAAGCUUCAGAGGCGAUGAGCAAGCCAACUGGCAGAGCUGGUGGGAGGAGGUCGGUUUGGUCUUCUCCAACCUGUUCGAGAUCACGACCUUGAAAGAUCUCGGCUACCUGCAAGACCGGGACAAAGUGGUUGCGAAAGCAUUGCAGGCUCACCGAGAAGGGUGCAUCAAUGAUGCUGCUCGUGAUUUCUUGGUCGGCUGGGCCAAGGGCACUUUGAGACGACACCCGCGACCUGCCCAGUAUGAGGCUCCACUGGCACCAGAAGAGUACCGGCCGAUACAUGUGCAGGCAGAUGGAGGAGGCAACUUGCCCCCAGGGCCUGAGGACGAUGAAGCAGACGAGCUGCCGGAGUAA